AUGACAUUUAUUCUUUCUUUCACAGAUCGUGAGAACCAGUCAAUGCUGAUCACGGGGGAGUCGGGGGCGGGUAAAACCGUCAACACCAAGCGGGUGAUCCAGUACUUUGCCAUCAUUGCUGCUUUGGGGGACAAUGUGAAAAAAGCAGUAAGUUGUUUAGGAUCUUUGGAGGAUCAGAUCAUCGAAGCCAAUCCAGCCAUGGAGGCGUUUGGCAACGCCAAAACCAUUCGAAACGACAACUCCUCUCGCUUCGGAAAAUUCAUCAGAAUUCAUUUUGGGCCGACGGGGAAGCUGGCGUCUGCCGACGUCGACAUCUAUCUUCUGGAAAAGUCCAGAGUUGUGUUCCAGCAGCCGGGAGAGAGAAGUUACCACAUCUAUUACCAGAUUUUGUCCAAUCACAAACCAGAACUACAAGACAUGCUGCUGGUCACCACCAACCCCUACGACUACCACUUCUGCUCUCAGGGCGUGACCACCGUGGAGGGCAUCAACGACGGGGAGGAGCUAAACCUCACCGACCGCGCCAUGGACACACUGGGCUUCACUCCUGAGGAGAAGUAUGGCUGCUAUAAACUGGUUGGAGCCAUCAUGCACUUCGGCAACAUGAAGUUCAAGAAGAAACAACGAGAAGAGCAGGCCGAGGCCGACGGCACUGAAA